GCAUCUCAGAUAUUUGAUCGUUCCAUGGAGAAAUUAAAAAUGGCAGCCCUCAAGGAUGUUGUUUCGUUGUAUCAGAAUUUGAAACGCGAGUGGACGAAAACCCCGUGUAAUUUAAAGAAAUGCGGCGAAUUGCUCAAUCAAUUAAAGAUCGGUCUCACACAUCUCAUGUUUCUUCCAACAUCAAACAGUACAGCUAGUCAAAAUGAAUUAUUAAUUGCCAGAGACAUAUUGGAGAUUGGAGCGCAGUGGAGCAUUGCUGCGGAAGAUAUACCUUCCUUUGAACGCUAUAUGGCGCAGCUCAAGUGCUACUACUUCGAUUACAAGUCCGGUCUUAUGGAGUCGGCUUACAAGUAUCAACUGCUCGGUCUGAAUCUUCUGUUUCUGCUGUCGCAGAAUCGCGUCGCCGAGUUUCAUACAGAGUUGGAGCUUCUUCCCUCCGAUCAGAUACAAUCGAAUGUCUACAUAAGGCAUCCUUUGAGCCUGGAACAGUACCUGAUGGAGGGCUCGUACAACAAAAUCUUCCUGGCUAAGGGCAACGUGCCCGCUGCGUCCUACAACUUCUUUAUAGACAUUUUGUUGAAUACCGUUCGCGACGAGAUUGGCGCGUGCAUGGAGAGCGCCUACGACAAAAUCUCCAUUCAGGACGCCGCAAGGAUGCUGAAUUUAAAUACGGAGAAGGACAUAAAGGCAUUUGCCGCCAAGAAGAACUGGAAUCUGUCCAAGGACGGUUAUUUCUACUUCACCACCACCAACGAGAAAAAAUCCGAGGAGCCCAUCCCCAGCUCCGAGUUAGCAGCACUAGCUAUAGAUUACGCCCGAGAACUGGAAAUGAUCGUCUAACGUUCGUUCAUCUCCCUCAAUGUACUUUACAUUUAUCAAAUAAACUAUCGCUCUUGUACGACAGAAUGGAA